AUGCCAUUAAGGAGAAAAACUCCGAAAUUUAACGAAUUUGCACCAAACAAGCUCAAACUUUGGAAGAAUCAUAAACACAUCUCACGCCGAAAUCAAGAAUACUAUCACGAACAGCCUUCCAAAAAGCAUAUUCACAUCAUUGUCCAGCUAUCUGGUAAGGCGCGAGAGGCUGCGGAAGAGCGUAGUAGAAUUGUUGACCUAAGCAUGCGCAAAUUCGAGGGUAUCUCUUUCAAAGAUGAAGAAUGCUUCUGGCUCUUGGCAGGGCUUUCAGAUGGGAACUUCUCGACCAGUAUGACUCUAAUACCUAUGGAAAGUUUCGAGGAUAUCAAGAAUUUUUUUGCGAAAGGUAAUGAGCUUUGGUCCGACAGUGGUGAGACCGCAUACUCAAAUGAAGCUUUUGAAAAGCCUUCAUGCAAUCUAUUUUUAAGCAUCGACCAAUUAAUCUCGACUGCAGAUUUUAAUGAAGAGACUUCAAAAAGGAAUUUCGAUGCGAACAUUGUUGAGAACAGUAAAUUUGUUUCAAAGUUCUCAGGUCGAGCAUCUAAAGCUUCGCCAUGGAUGAAGAAAUUCUUCAGUGCAUUUGCGGAAAAGGCCAAAGCGUCUUUUCCCAGCAUAAAGAAAUUCUUUAGUGCAUUGGCGGAAAAGGCCAAAGCGUCUUUUCCCAGCAUAAAGAAAUUCUUUAGUGCAUUGUCGGAAAAGGCCAAAGCAUCUUUUCCCAGCAUGUCAAUACAUAACCAAUCGAAAAAAAUCUUCCAAAAAAAUUGCGGAAUUACCUCGUGCCUAGCAGGUCUUCGCAGCAUUAAGACCGAUGCUUGUCUAAGCCAUAAAUUCCCUUUCAACAAUCCAAAUCAACAAGUGAAAACUCUUUACAAGUUUACAAACGAAUACCACCUGAAAAUUGAGGAACAGAUCAUCGAUGACAUAUUCGCACAAACGAAUGGACACGCUGAUCUCAUAAACUUUUGCGGACGCGCGAUCAUGAAACUUCUGGAAGAGCACCUCCAACGUGGAGUAAUGCAGGCACAUCAGCUAGACAUCAAACUGGAAGCUUUGCAACGCCAACUCUUUAUGAAAGGAGAUUUCCAAGUACAGCACGUUUGA